AUGUCUGCUAUCUCAGUCUCAAACUUCAGUAGUUCUAAAUUUGUUCUGACCGGAUUUCCUGGCCUAGAAAGGUACUAUUUUUGGUUUUCCAUUCCUUUCUCCCUCAUCUACGCCACGAUGUUCUUGGGAAACUGCAUGGUGCUCCAUAUUGUCCGAACUGAGCCGAGCCUGCAUGAGCCCAUGUUCUACUUCCUGGCUAUGCUGUCCUUCACCGACUUGUGUGUGGAGCUCACCACCAUCCACACAGUACUCGGGGUGCUAUGGGGAUUGAUUCAAGAGGUCAGUCUGGAUUCCUGCAUCACUCAGUCCUACUUCAUCCACGGUCUGUCCUUCAUGGAGUCCUCAGUCCUCCUCGCUAUGUCCUUUGACCGCUAUGUUGCCAUUUGCAACCCUCUACGCUAUUCCUCUAUCUUAACAAAUGAAAAAAUCAUGAAAAUUGGGGUUGCAAUCUUAUGUAGGAGUUCUUUACUCAUUCCUCCAGUCAUCAUUCGCCUUAGGUUCUUAAAUUAUUGUCACCCUCAUAUCCUCUCGCACUCUUUCUGUUUGCACCAAGACUUAAUCCGAAUGGCCUGCUCAGACAUCCGCUUCAACAGCAUUUAUGGUCUGACUCUGGUGAUCAGCAACUUGUUGUUGGAUGCAGUGCUCAUCUUAAUCUCCUAUGUCAUGAUCUUGCACACAGUUUUAGGCAUUGCAUCCUGGGAAGAGAGAAUAAAAUCUUUGCAGACUUGUGUGUCUCACAUCUGUGCUGUUUUGGUUUUCUAUGUCCCCAUCAUUGGUCUGACCAUGGUGCAUCGCUUUGGAAAACACCUCUCCCCACUCGUUCAUGUCCUCAUGGGCAACAUCUACAUCCUUUUCCCACCCUUGAUGAACCCCAUCAUUUAUAGCAUCAAGACCCAACAGAUACGAAGGAGAGUACAGAGACUCUUCUGCUCAAAAGGAACUUAA